UUAAACGUCCGUCUUUUGUUUUUUGUCAAUACUGAAAUGUUUAUAUUUUAAUUCAAUUGUUUAAGUUGCUGUCAGUGCAGUUUAGUUUAAGGUUUAGGAGAGGUUAAUUCUACUUGAUUGACAUCAGAUUAGUGCGUGUAGUUAUUUCUGAAAUGUCGAAUACAGGACGUAGUGCACGUAUAAAUAAAAAACAAAAGGAAAUGGAGUACGAAGAAAAACUGAAGGUUUUAGAUGAAGAACUAAUGUCUUUUUAUCAAUACUGUCAACAAGUAGGAUUUACAGAGUCAGAGAUGGAUGUUAUUUGUGCCCCUCUUGUAUCAUCCUUGAGAAAGUCUGCCAUCAAAAAAAUCGUUAAAUGUAUGGCAAUUGUUGCUUUAGUACUCGGUAUUGUAUAUGGAAUUUCACAUUUGGGUGCUGUUAGUUUGCAUUUUUAUGCAAUUACAAGGCUUUUUAUGAUUAAGUUGUUGCCGUUUUGGGACUGGACUUCUAUGUUUUAUGAGUCAUGCUUGGUUUCCAAUCCAUUCUAUGGAGAAUAUACACUUACUGAAGAGGAUUGCAUAUCAUGUGAAGCUCUAGAAUAUGUUGAUCGACUGGGCAAUGUGGCUUAUGAGCAGCUUCUUGAUGGUUACUUGAGUCGAGAUGCUCCACUUAUUGUUAUUGAUGCAAUGGAGUCCUGGCCAGUGAUGAAUACUGAUGACUUUUGGUUUGACAACAUCACCCAGUUAUACUUACAGGAUGACAAAUUAGUUGACACUGUACCGUGUAUUUUGACCACUAACCUGCGACUUGGAUCUUCUGACCUUCAUGCAUUUUUGAAAAGGAUUUCUAGUCCUCAAGCAGACAAGUGGUUUGUACACUGGCAGAAUUGUGACAUCAAUGCUGUGAAAGCCUUACGAAAGUUCUACCAACGUCCAUACUUCCUGUCUAGUUCAGUAUCGCCUGCCCAUUUUAACUGGGUACUGAUGUCAUCUGAUUACAACACCAGAAUCUACAAGAAAGUAGAACUUGACUCUGGCCUCAUAAUGCUGGCACAACUACGUGGUACUACAUCAUUCAGGUUGACUCCUCACAACCCUUGCAAUUCCUCAUGCCCUGAACUACUGGGUGACCUGCAAGAAGGAGAAGUGUUGGUGUUCACAAAUUUCAUGUGGACUUUUGAGUACUACCCAGGUCGCAAUCUGGAUAAUGUUGCAAUCCUUACAGAGACUGUUUGGGAAGAAGGUUCUAACUAAUUGUAUUAGUGUAAUGCCAUUAUCUGUAACAUUUUACUGUCAUAUUGUUUAUCCAGCUACUUGUUUGUAUUAUUUAUUCUCUUGAAUAAAAUUCCAAGAAUGUGUA